AUGAGAUCAGGGGCAGCCCCGAUGCCCAUGGAGGAGGAAUCGGGACAGGUAGAUGGACGCUGGGCUCGAGCCGCAGGGUUCGGACAGGCUAAGCCGCUCCUGUGGUGGUUAGCCCAGCUCGAGUUUCUCCUGAUCCGGGCAGUCGGCCUCGGGUCUUAUCCACCGAUUGCUGCCGCUCGUCGCUGGAGCGGAGACGACAACACCAUUUAUCUGUAA